AUGAACAGCUCCCUGGCUCCGCAGGUGCAUUUCGCGGGCGGCUCUCAGCCCCACGACUCGCGGGAGUGGAAGGCGGUGAUCCCCGCUUUGCUGGGCGUCAUCUGCCUGGCGGGCUUGGCGGGGAACGCGUGUGUCAUCGGCAUCCUGCUCUACAACGCCAGGCGAGGGAAACCCUCCCUAAUCCACUCCCUGAUCCUCAACCUCAGCCUGGCGGAUCUGCUCCUCCUGCUCUUCGCUGCGCCCCUGCGGGCAGCCGCUUACUCCCGCAGCGCCUGGACCCUGGGCUGGUUCGUCUGCAAAACCUCCGACGGGUUCCUCCACACGUGCAUGGCCGCCAAGAGCCUGACGACCGCCGUGGUGGCCAAGGCUUGCUUCAUGUACGCCAGCAACCCGGCCAAGCAAGUGAGUAUUGAGCCCCGCACGAUCUGUGCGGUGCUGCUGGCCACGUGGCUGGUGGCCCUGGUGAGCUCCUUGCCGCUCUGGCUCUUCAGCACCCUCCGGGAGCUCGCGCCGGGCUCGCCCGCGUGCGUCGUGGCCGUGCCAGCCCCCGCCCGGGAGUUCAUGGCUGCCUUUGUCAAGCUCUCCCCCCUGCUCGUGUUCUGCGCGCCCCUCCUCUGCGCCUUCCUUUAUUUCUGGCGCGCUUAUGGCAGGUGCCAGCGCAGGGGGACCAAGACCCAGAACCUGAGGAACCAGAUCAGAUCCAGGCGCCUUACACUCAUGCUGCUGAGCGUCACUGUCACCUUGGCCGUGAUGUGGCUGCCGGAAUGGAUAUCCUGGCUGUGGGUCUGGCACCUAAAGCCAGCAGGCCGAUCUCCCCCCGAAGGCUUCCUGGCUCUGACCCAAGCCCUUAUGUUCACCAUCUCUUCAGCCAACCCUCUCAUCUUCCUGGUGAUGUCUGAGGAAUUCAGAGAGGGCUUUAAGGGCUUGUGGAAAAGGCUGACCCUGAAAAAGCCUCUCCCUGCCACAGACAACCAGGAAAUCCCAGCUGCUAACUCUGAGGUUCUCCCCGAUUCGGUCCCUUCUCCAGAGCCAGUGAUUGCCGAGCAAGAGAAAGAACUCCCAGCUGCCCCUCAGGACUUAGAAAGCCUGGAAAAGAAGGAGAUGCCCGUCUUUCCAGAUGUAGAGCAAUUCUGGCAUGACCGAGAAGCAGCUCCCGAUGCUCAAGACAAUGACCCUAUUCCUUGGGAGCACGAAGAGCAAGAGACAGUAGGCUGUGAUCAAUAA